AUGAUCGUUGAUGCGGCAAAUGAUUUACUCGAAUCGAAGAUCCGCGCUUGGUCAUUCCCUUUAACGCGGAAACUGGGACAUCUAUAUCUUGAAUGGGACUACGGAAUAUUCUACACAUCAGAGGAAAUGUUGAAGCUGCACAAACACUUCUUUCAUCCAGAUUCAGGACGUCUCUACGCAAUGCUAAAGCGGGCCGACAAUGCGAGUACAACUCCAUCUGAUCUUAAAGAACUGGAGAGGGUCGCAUCGGAGUGUGACGUUUGCCAGAGAAACGUGGCCGCUCCGAGCAGAUUCAGAACCGCUCUUCCGUCCGAUGAUGUCGUGUUAAAUAGGUGCGUUUGUAUGGACAUUAUGUUCCUCGAGGGGAAGGCAGUGUUGCAUAUGGUGGACAAGGACACUAAGUUCAGUGCAGCUGCUUUCCUCCCGAAACAGACUGUCGACGAGUUGUGGAGCACAUACUUGUCGCACUGGAUCCUUCCCUACAUCGGUCACGCGCUUGAGAUACACGCAGAUCAAGGCCCCCAGUUCCGCUCUCGCAGGUUCGCGUCCUACACGAGCAUGGAGGGAGUUCAGCUUCGCUUAUCGGGUGUCGAAAGCCACAACAGCCUAGGCGUCGGAGAGAGGUAUCACCACUACCUGCGUCGUAUUUUUCGCAAGAUACGCGAUGAGUUUCCUGAUAUACCAAUGAAAGACGCAUUAAGACUAGCUACAAAAGCCAUGAAUGAUACUGCAGGACCAAAGGGUUUGGUACCAAGCCUUCUGGUGUUUGGAGUUAUGCCAAGAAUCCUUCUUCCAGGAUCUGUCCAGCUACCUGGCCAAGUCCAGCGCAUGAAUGCCAUGCAGGCAGCACGAAAGGAUAUGUCUAAAGAGGUUGCCCGUAGCCGGCUUAGCACAGCGUUGAGAUCAAAUGUUCCGGCUGCCACCAACCGCGAUGUCAGCAUAGGCUCUGAAGUGCUUGUCUUUAAAGAACCUCUCGUGAACAAAUGGGUUGGACCAUUUCAUGUGCUCGACGUGAGAGACAAGUCAGUGUUCAUCAAUUCCCAAGGACGUACAACACAAAUGUCUAUCGACAAAGUGAGGCCGUACUUGCGUCCAAUGCAUAACGAAAAGCCAAGCACUACGGAACCCAGUGAGUACAAUCCGAGCAAUAAUACCACAAGCAAGGGUCUGUCGCCAGCAGAGGCAUCAAAUGCAUGGCUAGAGUCCCUUCGCGAUCCGUUACAGGAUCUAUUCUCAUCACCGGCUGAGGACAACGCAAUAUCUCCUGACGAAUUUUAUAUGGAGUUCGCCACAUUCCUAACGGAGGUUAUUGAAUCAUCCGAUCCUCGAUCUAAGAACGCUGCCUUCUUCUCGGUUCGAAUGAUUGCAUCCUUUUCUGCGUCGAAAAGGUUUCGAAUCUUCAGCCACGACGUCACCCAAGCAUAUACACAAAUUGAUGAAUGUCUUUUGCGUGAGCUCUACCUUCAGCCGAAACCAGCAGAUGCUCCCUUGUUCUCUCUUAAUGCGCGCCAAGUGUUGAAGUUGAUCAAGCCGAUAUACGGGACCACUGAUGCCGCUACACUGCAUAAAUUUGACUCGAGGCCAAGACAGUGGGAUAAGGUCGAAUUUUAUGGCAUGCAAAUCGAAUCUACGCCUGGUAGUAGUGUUCGAAUCCAUCAACCCGACCACAUCCAGAGGAUUGAGAUGUUACCUGAAGAUGCAACGUUCGAGCACUUUCGUAGCGCUCGUGCGGCAUUAGCCUGGAUCACCCACACGAGGCCAGACAUCGCCUGCUACGUAAAUAAAGCAGCACAAGUCACAGAGAAAGCCUUCGAAAGCAGGCAUAUCGAGGCAUUCAAUCGAUGCAUCAAGUACCUAAAAAGAGAGCCUUUACAAUUGAGUUUCGAUCCGCUAAAUAUCGAAACAUUGCAGAUUCGUGUCUAUGCGGACGCCGCCUUUGGUACCAAUUUGGAUUGCACCUCACAACUUGGGUACGUAAUUAUGCUAUUCGAUGCGAACAACGCCGCUCAUAUUAUCGACUUCUCCAGCAAAAAAUCAAGAAGAGUUGUCAGAUCGAUAAUGGGAGGAGAGAUAUUUGCCUUGGCAGAUGGUUUCGAUCGUGCGUUUAUGUUAGGGCAUGACCUGGAGCGUAUGUACGACAGAAAGAUCCCGCUGUACGUUUUAACCGACUCUAAACAAGUUUUCGACACCAUUACAAAGGCAUCCAAAACAACCGAACGAAGACUCCUCAUCGAUAUUGCUGCUGCUCGUCAAGCCUACAAUCGCCAGGAAAUAUCAAACAUUGGUCUAGUUGCAUCGGAAGACAUGGUUGCAGAUGGACUUACGAAGACGAAUGCUGGGCAUCAUUGA